GGAAUAGAUAAAACAUGGUGCAAUGCCAUCAUUUCAUCUUGCCAUUUUAUUUUCUGCAAUUUGACGAUGAAGGACAAUAUCAGCAUGUCUCCACCACCGCUGCCGCUUCGUAAGCUUCACAGCGUCGACGACUCAGGUGCCCUCGUCGUCGAAACGAACGUCGACAUCCCUCUUCCCACAGCGCCGCCGGAGGGGGCCGACGAUCCCUGCCUCGUGCGAGCUAAUGUGUAUAGGCCGAAGGGCACGGGCAAAUAUCCUGUCAUCUUGACAUAUGGGCCUUAUGGCAAGGACAUUCAUUAUCCCGACUUUCACGCCGCAUCAUGGGCGGACGUCAAUCCAAAGCAUCAGUCAGCGUACUCUGCCUGGGAGACGCCUGAUCCCCCGUUCUGGGUCAAAAAAGGCUAUGUAGUCGUGCGUGCUGACGAGCGUGGCGCUGGCCAAUCACCGGGCAUGCUGAAUUGUCUCAGCGAGGCCACGAUCCAUGGGUUCUUUGACGUGGUCGAGUGGUGCGCGGACCAGGAAUGGAGCUCUGGGAAGGUAGCGCUUUUGGGUGUCAGCUACUAUGCGUGUACGCAGUGGUGGGUUGCUGCAAGGCGGCCUCGAGGGCUUGCGGCUAUUGUCCCGUGGGAGGGAAUGAAUGAUUAUUAUAUGGACCUCGCCCGCCACGGUGGCAUUUUGUGUGAUGGAUUCUUGGAUUUCUGGUGGAAUCGCCAGGUCGGGUCGGUUCAGUAUGGCCUCGGUGACCGUGCCGCCCGCAAAUGGGGUCCAGAUACCCUCGAAGGGACCAUGGACGCAAUCGCUUUGUUGAAACAUCGAAAGGUCCCCGUCCUGGAGGGAAUCAAGAACAAAUAUCGCACAGACGCAAUGUACUUUUCCGACCUGUUCCCAGCAGAAAAUAUCGAGUGCCCUGUUCUGAGUGUCGCCAACUACGGCGCAACGCAACUGCACCUGCGAGGAAACGUCUUUGGCUUCAUGAAAGCUGGGUCAAAGUUCAAGUAUCUCCGCUUCAUCAGCGGCAGACAUGAUGUCCCCUUUUAUUUUGACGAAUCUGUAGAGGUGCAGAAGUCUUUCUUGGAUGCCUUUCUCAAAGGAGAAGAUGACUAUGGCUGGGCACACCCCGGCAAAGUGCCUCCGGUGGAUCUUUGUCUGCGUGUCGGAAACGCGGGCGUCAACGAUGCACGUCGGGAGCUGGCAGCAUUUCCGCGCCGGACGGAACUCGAAUGGCCGUUGAAGCGGACCGUCUAUACGGAUUUCCAUCUGACGAUGUCACAGGGCCUGGUGACGAGCCCAGUUGAUGUGCAGGAGGGGAUACUGCGUUAUGAAGCCCCAAGAGGCUCUCUCUUGUUCGAGACAACGCCCUUCGAGGAAGAAACGGAGAUAACAGGGCAUCCAAUGGCCCACCUGAACGUCUCCCUCUCCAGCCGUGACUCUUCAUCCCCAUCUGAGAUUGAUCUCUUUCUGACAAUCCGGCACUACGAUAGUGAUGGCCAAGAAAUUUUGUAUACCGGUCCAGCAGGCGAACCUGUUUCUGUGGUCAAGGGAUGGCUCCGGGUCUCACACCGGCAGACAACGGGCCCACCGACCGACAAUGUGCCACAACGGAAUCACACGCCAGGGUCCAUCCUGCCCGUCAAAUGUGACACUGUAUACACCGUGGCUAUUGAGGUAUGGCCAACAAAUGUCAUUAUCAGCAAAGGGCAUAAGCUGGCCCUAGAAAUUGCAAGCACGGAUACACAUCACGGGGGCCUCUUCUUCCAUCGUCAUCCCGAGGAUCGGCCGGAGACGAUGCUCAAAGGCUGGAAUAACAUACAUUUUGGCCCUGAGUGCCAGAAUUUCCUAAGGCUCCCAGUAAUCCCGUGAGCAAAUAUACAAAUUUUCUCAAUAGGGAUGGGAUAACGCAGUCACGAAACCAGUUUAUGUGGGG